AUGGGCGAGGAGAAGCGGGGUGCAGCAGGGGCCUCGCGCGUCCUUUGCGGCACCCACAGCCAUUGCUGUUCAGAACUGGGGCGUCCCCGGCAGCAGCAGGCGCCGAGCUGCGCGGUACCUCACCUUGGGUGCGGGGCUGGGUUCACGGAAAGGCAGCACCUGCCAGGGCUGUGUUUGCUGCCUCUGGUGCCGCGGGGUGUCCGAGUCGGGCGACAGCCAGACCCGUGCGCCUCGACCCGCUGGGCGGCUGGCUCGGAGGCCGGAACAGUUUCGCUGUCGUGAGGUCGAUACGCGCGGCGUGCAGGCUUUGCAUCGGGGUGAAAAACUGCUGCCUGCCGUGUUAGCACGCUGGAGCUGCCGAGUGUUUGUGCAUGGGUGGAGUAUUUGAACUGUUAAUCCGUGGCCAACUGUUAAGAGGAUAGUUGCAAUGAUCUUUACUCUUGCUAGUAAGACUUCUCCAACUUCAUUUGUUCUAACUCCCUGCAAUAGAUUGUUCACAAACAGGCUCGGUGAAGUAGUCAGUCUUGGGAGCUAAGCAUACGAUAGAUACUCCAGAAAGGAAGAACGUGUAGUCGUCCGCAGUGCCUCUGUGUCACACUUAAGUUAAAUGUUUCUUCUAGGCACUAGCUGUGUCUCAGGGCUUGUUUACUGGAUGUGAAUCUAUAGACCUGACAAGAGAAUGGCUUGUAGCACUUGGUAUUCUGCGUGUGUCCCUUGGGUCUGAGGAUGUACCUGUUCUGUGAUACCUCCUCUACGUGGGUAAUACUGCAGAAUUAAUUGUGACUAAGUGCCUUCCAUGUUAGAUCAGCUGGUGGACCGAAUGAGUGCAUGUGAGAAGAGGUUGAAUUUUGGUGCUUGUAAUUAACCACUCUCUUGUGAUUUGUCAGCAUUGUAUUUUUGUUGUCUGUGUGUUUAUUGCAUAGAGGUUGAUUUUAGUUACUUGUGGCCAUUAAUACAUGGAGAACUGUAGCCAAAGGUAACUUCUACACUUUGAGCCUGUUUAUAGGCUGGAUGGUAGGUUAUAGCAAAAAGUGUAAUGAAUGCAGUUAGGUGGAUUUCAGCUGCUCUGGUUUGGAUCCUGCACAGAACUGGCUGAGGCACGCUUAUUCUGUUGAAUCUGCUGUUUUCUUGGAUAGAGAUUGGAAUUGGUUAGAAUACACAAAAAUAUCAAAUUGUAAUGCAUUACCUAAUAAGCCUAUUUUCAGCAAGGUUCUUCUUUAAAGAAAAGUUAAAAAAAAGUUGGUAACCAAUUCAUUUCCUCAAUGAUGCUUGUAGAAAUGUCACUUAUUUGUUUUUUAAGUACAGCUUAAUGAAGAUAGUUCUUUAUGGUUUGUUUUCUCAAUCUCUUAAGGGGAUAUAAGCCACUAACUCUGGAAAACAGUGUUUUCUAUUUCCUUUUUUUUUUUUUUUAACUGAAAAGUCACUAUUUUUAUGUUUGUACUACCUUAACCUGCUUAAUGGCAUUCAAAUGCUAAGUGAUACUGAACUCUCCUGGUCAGUCUUAACUGUUGAUUUUUUAAAAGUGCAUUUUCUUCAGUAUUAAACAGACUUAUUCUAAAAGCAUGCAAACAAAUAGCCUUACAGUAAAAGGGAAAAGGGAUUUAUGAAUGGAGGUGUGCCAGUCACUGACUAUCUUCAAGCUAAGUCUGUUUAAAAACAGUCUGUUUUCAAAAAAUGAGUUGGGGGGUAGGGGAGAAAGCUUUGAAAUGUUAGCUCUCCUGGUAGAAAUGACAUUUUCUGUGGACUUACCAUGAGUCACAUCACCCUGAUUUUUAUGUGGUGCUAGGUGAGUUGUGCUGCAGUAGCGUUGCACAAGCUGCUGACGCUGUAACAAACCACUGUCCUGAAUGCAUUUGUAGAACAGAUUUUCCUCUCUUGGUAACAGAACUAGUUUUAAACAGCAGAACUGUCUCAGGCUAAGCAGAGCACUCACUAAGGUGGAGAAGUGUAUUGUAGGCUUUACCUUUCUAGGCAGUGCUUUAAGACUUGUAUACGAAUCUUCAUUAGGCAUGUGAUUUCACACUACAUAAGGCUAGUAUCAACUGUUGUGUUUUGUUGUUCAUAGUCUAAAGGAUGAUAGGUAAGUGUGCUGUGUGUUAAAAUGGUCUUGUAAAAGCUUAAAAUUUCAGCUCAGUUCAGGAGGCUAAUUACAAAUUUUCCCCUUUACCUUCAUUUUUGUUCUGUAAUUCCCCUGUUCCUUUAUCUCCAGUGUCCAAAGUAGAGGGUCGAUGUGUUGUUGACUGACUCAGUCGUACAGCUGCUAACUUGAGAGUUUAAUAUGAAGAAUUUUGCUGUUCUUUUUAAAACAGCUGUCUACAAAUGACACUUCAGAUUGUUCAUUUCUGUAUACUUUGAAGCAACUUCGAAGCAAUACAAUACUGCAUUCUCAUCAGUUAGGCUGCUGUUAGUUAAGACGCAUCUUGUGUGUGUUUAUAAGCAUGCUUACUUCAAAAUCUGUUUUGUUAGAGAGGAUAAUUGUUCCUUAGUUAGCAUUACAAAAAUGAAGUCUUGUUCUCUUGGUCCAGACGUGCUGUGUGUUGUCAACCAGUAGGCCGCUGUGCCUGUUCUGUGUAUUUAAUAAAACCCAAAGCAAUAUCCUGCGUUCAUGAACUUCCGGAAACAGGAUGUCCCUCUUAAAACUGUUUUGCAAACAGAAGUUGCAAAACUUACUCUUCACCAUUCAUCUCUCUCUGACUUGGAGAAAGCAGGACACAUCUCCAUCAGCUUAGGGCUCACUACUUCUCCUGCAAGAAUAGACUAAUACACAUGCCCUUGCUCAAAGCACCAUAGAACUUGGCAUGCUUACUCUAAUGGCUUGCACCCCUGGGAGGCAGCGAGAAGGGCUUCCCACUUACUGAAAGAUGUCAGCAAUUGGAGUAGUGUCCUCCUGUUCCUGUCUCCGUCCUGGUGUACGGCUGCGGAAACCGGGAAUGGAGAAGAUGAGCUCCUUCGGCUUACACACAGCAGCCAGGUGUGCUGCCAAGGAUUAUUAUGAAGUACUUGUGUUGGGUGGAGGCACUGGUGGAAUCACCAUGAGCGCGCGGAUGAAGAGGAAAGUGGGGGCAGGAAACGUGGCUGUUGUUGAGCCGAGUAAGACUCAUUACUAUCAGCCACUGUGGACCCUCGUUGGCGGUGGUGCAAAGCAGCUGGCAACUUCUGCGCGUCCAACAGGAAGUGUAAUGCCUAAAGGUGUUGAGUGGAUCAAAUCUCGAGUUACAGCAUUGGAUCCAGAUAAGAACUGCAUCUGGCUGGAGAAUGAUAUUAAGGUAUCUUACAAGUAUCUGAUAAUUGCUCUUGGGAUUAGUCUGCAUUAUGAAAAGAUCAAAGGCUUGCCUGAGGGUUUUCAUCACCCUAAAAUAGGUUCCAAUUAUUCAGUUCAUACGGUAGAGAAAACAUGGAAAGCUUUACAAGAUUUCAAGGAAGGAAAUGCUAUCUUCACUUUUCCCAAUACACCAGUGAAGUGUGCAGGGGCUCCUCAGAAGAUCAUGUAUUUAUCAGAGGCCUACUGGAGGAAAACAGGAAAACGUUCCAAAGCAAACAUAAUGUUCAACACUUCACUUGGUGUCAUUUUUGGUGUUAAGAAGUAUGCUGAUGCAUUGCUUGAAAUAAUAAAGGAAAGGAAUAUUACUGUUAACUAUAAGCGCAACCUUGUAGAAGUUCGAGCAGACAAGCAGGAAGCUGUGUUUGAAAACUUGGACAAACCUGGAGUGACUGAAGUUCAUCAGUAUGAAAUGCUUCAUGUCACACCCCCAAUGGGGCCACCUGAUGUACUUAUCAACAGUCCUGUCUCAGAUGAAAUGGGCUGGGUGGAUGUAGAUAAGGAAACUCUACAACACAAAAAGUAUCCUAAUGUAUUUGGUAUUGGAGACUGCACCAACCUUCCAACAUCAAAAACUGCUGCAGCCAUAGCUGCCCAGUCUGGAGUGCUUGAUAAAACUAUUUCCCUGGUAAUGAAGAACCAGUUGCCAACUAAAAAGUAUGACGGAUAUACUUCCUGCCCGCUAGUAACAGGCUACAACAAGGUGAUUCUGGCAGAAUUUGACUACAAUGCUCAGCCUUUGGAGACCUUUCCCAUUGACCAGAGCAAGGAGAGAAUAACCAUGUACCAUAUGAAAGCCGAUAUGAUGCCUUUUCUCUAUUGGAACGCGCUACUUAAGGGAUACUGGGGAGGACCAGCUCCUGUCAGGAAGCUAAUGCAUCUGGGCUUGAAGUAACUACUGGUUCUCAAACCCUUUUGAAGAAAAAGGACUGGUCUUACAAUGGAUCAAUAUGUAUCUUCCCUCUUGGACCACAUAGUACUGAUUUUUUUUUUUUUUUAAUCAAGCUUUUCUCCUAAAUUCACUUUUUUUUUUAUGAGUGAUUAAGCCUUCAUAUGCUCUCACUGCUCUUCUAUGUAAACCAAGGCCUUAAACCACUUCUGUACAUACACAGGAGUUUGAACUUGCAUUAAGCUACAGAACACUACCGAAAUCUUCUAGAGCAAUCAAUUUUAAAGCUGUUGUAUAUGUAAAAUUUUCUCCCUGAUGCUAAAUAGAAUUGUCUACAUCCACAGUCAAUGCGUGCACUGGAUUUAACAGAAUAAUUCAAUGCUAGUAAAAUGGCCUGAAAAGCU